CUCCGUCAGAAGUACCGUAUUGCUGGAUGCCCAGAGCUUACAGUCAAUCAAAAAAGGUCAACAGACACAUCAACUGGGAACAUGACAAUGAACAAACCAAAACGUUCUGAGCUCAACUUUUUGCCAGAUUUUCCUGAAGGGAAGUCUCCAGACUGCCUUGAAAGAGACAGAAUAGCUCUGACGGAGGAGAUGACGAAAAGGAAGAGUGGCGGGAAAAUGAUAGAUUCUCUGAUGGCGAGCACGUUUGCCUUCCGAAGGAAGGAGAUUGUUCAUGAUGAGCCUCCUGUGUCUGAAAUCAAAGACAGAUGGCCAGCACUGUUUUCAAAAAAACAGAUUAGUGCUGAGUUUAUGCGCCUGGUUUCUACUGAUCUCCACCAGUCUUUCUUUGAUGGACUCGACAAGUAUGUCCCAAGACUGUUACAGAUGUACAGAGUGCGAACUAGUAGCAGUUCUGACCUGCGCAGUCUCCUUGAGCCCCUUGAUGUACAAACUUCAAACCAGAAGAGAAGAGCAGCUGCAUUGCUCGGACUUCCAUAUUACCUAAAGGAGGAUCCCAACAGUUUAAUCCGUGUUUGUGAGACUACCAGUUCCGAAAAAGAGGCUACAAAAGAAGUUGACGUUGGCCUUCUCAUCGUUACUAAGGAAGGCGGAAGCAGCCAAGCACUACUGGCAAAGCAGAUAGUCGAUAUUGCAGUUGUGCUGGAAGAGAACAUCAUCAUACGUGAGCUAGGAGAUGUUGCAAAUGCCUUUUCCUCACUUAUGGGUCUUCUUUACUGUCUUGACAUAGACUAUCCUAAGGGACUGAAGUACACAUUCGAGAUGGUACAAAAAGUUUUCAUGGGCAUCGGCAGUGGCAAUUGUUCUGCGAAAGUUCAUGGACUCCGCAACAAGUUGGUUCAAGGCAAAGUGUAGUGGCAAGUUGGCCAAGUUAAUAGCAGCA